AUGAAUACUGCACUGUGCACCUUGUUCCUCUUCCUAGCCUCCUCUCUCAUCCUCUUCCAUGUCGAAUCUGCGGCAAACGACAUCGUCUCCGACACUUGCCAGAAGUCUGCGGCCUCGAGCCCGAACGUGAACUACGACUACUGCGUGAAGGCUCUUGGGUCGGAUCCGAAGAGCCGCACGGCGGACGUCCAGGGCUUGGGUCUCAUCGCGCUUAACCUGUUGGAAAGCAGCGUGACGAGCACGGGCUCGGACAUUCAGCAGCUGCUGAAGCAGAAGCAGGAUCCGUAUGUCCAUCAGUGCCUGUCAGAUUGCUCGGAUCUGUACUCGGACGCGCUCGAGACCACGAAAGAGGCGGUCGGGGCGUACCAGGAGAAGCGUUUCCCAGACGUUCAGAACUCGAUGUCCACGGUGUCUACGGAUGCGACCACGUGCGAGAGCCAGUUCAAGGAGAAGAAGGGCGUGACCUCGCCGUUGACGAAGCAGAACGGAGACGCAACCCAGCUGUCUUACAUAGAACUUGCCAUUCUUGCGAUUGUUAAGGGGUCGUGA